UGAAUUUCAACUCAAUUGUAUCUGGCUAUUUCAUGAACUCAUAAAUGUCGAAAGACUCAUACGAUCGUGGUCCUCGGGUUUAUGUGAGUAUUUCACGAUGCUUUUGCUCUUUUAUCAAAUGAACUAACACCAAACAAAAGACCAAGGAUAACCAAACCAUUGUCACAGAUUGCUUCGUCUUUGAUGAGGAGACCCAUGUUUUCAUCGAACCACUAGAUUCCAAAAGACCCAAAAUCCUUACAGAAAAAGAGAUCGCAACCUUGUUGAAAGAAGGUGAAGAAGACCCUUACUAUUUUCCAAUGGUGAGAGCUUUAAAGAAAUGUUUAAAAAGAAAAGAAUCAUCAGACCCUUAUAUUUUACCCAAAAACGGGGCCAAUGUGAGAUUUGUUGAUCAUGAAAUCAAAAACCUCAAGAUUUCAGAUGAUCCAAUAUAUGUUUGUACCAAUUGUUUAUCAUUCGGAGGUUCUUUGACAAGACCAUCAGGUCAUUCUUUAGAGUGCUUGAAGAAGACUAACUCACAACCUGCGAAGGAAAGAUAUCAUAAAUUUCAAGGGUAUUGCUAUAAAACAAAAGGGAGAAUGCAGUUUUUCUGUAUUAAACAUGAUAUGGACAAUAAAGCUCAUGAGACUUCACCUGGUAUGAAUAUCUCACUAGUCAAUGAUAGUGCUGUUGACGUAAUUAUUGGCGGGUUCCUCAUAAUUAAGAAAAAGGAGAAUCUUAUCAUUGAUAAAGACUCUGGAAAACUGCUGAACCCUUUCACAAAUGAGGUAUAUGCUGUUCUGAAAAGAAGAAAAGAACUGGGAGAUCAGAUUGAUGAAAUUUAUAAAGCAAUUGAAACAUUUGCGUCACAAAUAGAUACUCCCAAUUACUACAAAGCUGACAAUGGUGAACACAAUACUAUGAUUAUAAACAAGAAACUUGAGUAUUGCAAGGAGGAACCUUUAUUAUUAUAUGUUUGUCAUUCAUGUGAGAAGGUUGCAUGGACCCAGAGGCAUCUACGUCGCAUGAAAAAACAUCUGGCUAGUUGCCAGGGAGCUCAACAUAAUGAAUCAGAUAUAGCAGUCUAUGAGGGUUAUUAUAAAGUGGAUACUGUGACCACUUCGGGAAAACCUGUUAGGCAUUAUUUGGCAGUUUCAGAGAAUUUUAAGAAAUUCACUAGCAUAGACACAUUCGAAAGACCUAAACCAACUACGUUGGGUGAACUUACAAAAGCUGAAGUGAUAGCUAAUGAAAAGAAGCAGCACAAACAGAUCAAAAAGAAAAGAAGGAUAACAUCAAGAUUAAGUUCGAUUAAAAAUAAAAAGAAGGCAAGGGGCAAUGAUGUUGGUAAUAACCAAACAAACUCUCAUGAUACUUUGGUACGAGAGGUUUCAAAAUCACCUGGAUUGUUGAGCUCAAGCCUUUCAGAGAUUGUCAGCUCACCAGAAUCAAGUCUUUCAGAGAUUGUCAGUUCACAGGAAUCAAGCCUUUCAGAGAUUAUCAGUACCUGGGAAUCAAGUCUUCCAGCAGC